CGUUCUUAUUCUUCACAAGGAAGGCCAAACAAGUCCCCGGACCCGGCAUGUAUGUAUGGAUUAGAUGGACCCUCCCAUCAUCAUAUGCUCCAUCCGGGUCUUGAUGAUGAUGUAGAGAGGUAUCCAUCCCCCGCCCGAGUUGGCAGCCCUUGUUGCUUGUGGACACUCAAACCACCCAGAGCCAAGAGAGGCUGUGGGAAAGCUUUUGAGAUGUUGGACGAUACUCGAGUCGCGUGCAUGCAUGGGUUAAGUUUGUCGGGUUUGGAGAAUCAAGAAAUCCCUAUAAGACAGGCCGUUUUCCCGGUCACCCGCUAUUCUUGUUGUUGUUUCUUUUCCUUCUCUUUUCCUCCUUUUUUUCCUUACCUACCAUCCGUCCAUCUUCGACAUCUUUGACAUCAACACCACCAACAACAACAACGACAACCACAUCUGUCCAAAGCGGAGGGGCAUAUUAACAACACCGUCCAAUCAUUAUUAUACUACCUACCUACCUACACAAUCCUAAAUAAAUACAAACACAAUGGCUCCCAUCAAGCCCCAUUGGGUCCAGCCCUCCCACCCGGACCGUCUUCACCUCAUCGUCAACGAGGCCGAGUUCACGUCCAAGAGCAUCUCCAAGAUUGCUCUGCCGCCCUUUGCGUUGUUCGCCAAGCUCGAGUUUCCCCCCUGCACGCCGGCCGAGAAGCCGACGUAUGCUACCGUCCAGUGUGGCCGUGACAAGCACCUGGAUCUUAACAGCGACUUGCUGUACAUCAACCACUCUUGCGAGCCGUCUCUUAUCUUUGACACGGGUAACAUGAACGUCAUCGCCGGCCCGAAAGGGAUUCAAAUCGGCGAGGAAUUGACUUUCUUCUACCCCUCAACCGAAUGGACCAUGGCCCAGCCCUUCGACUGUCUCUGCGCCAAACCCACCUGCCGCGGCCGCAUCUCCGGCGCCCGCGACAUGACCGACGCCCAACUUGCGGGUGCCUGGCUAAACGGCCACAUCCGUGACCUUCUCGAAGAACAGCGCGGUUGUCCCACUAGUACUUCCUCUUCUAUCCCUUCCGCCACUACUGCCAAUGCUUCCACCACCACCACCACCACCACCACAGCUUCUUCUUCUUCUUCUUCUUCUUCUUCAUCCCUCAACGGCAGCAACAGCAACAGCAACAGCAACGGCAACAGCAGCAGCAACUUCCCGUCCGCCACUUACACCAUCCCCGAAAAGAAGUCCUCCUCCGAGAAAACCAACGGCUAUAACAAAGUCGGAGAGUUGGACCAAAUUGCGCAGAGCCUUCGAGAUGCCUUGACGCAUGCCGAAAAGGUGGUGGAAGCCGCGAGGAACGCGCUGAUGAGCUAUGUCGGGGCUGUCAAUGAUGCUGCUACUGCUGCUGCGAAUAAUGGGGCGGCGAAGAAAAAGGAGGAGGAAGAGGAAGAAAGUCCCGAGGGGGCGCGGAGACGGGGGCCGACGAGUAGGGAGCUUAGUGGAGAGAUGGGGGGUGAUACGAUGGAGGUUUUGGCUUAGGGGAGAGGGGGAGGGGGAGAGGGGGGAGGCAUGUUGCUGGAAAUACAACCCUAAAGGGGAAGAAGGGGAUAUGAUAUGAAGCACAUGCCUACCUACCUACCUGUGUUGGUGGAGGAGGGCUGCUACGGUCUCUUUUUCUUCUUUUUUUCCCUUUUUUUUUUUUGAAUAUGGGGAAAAACAAAGGAAAAAAGAGAUGAGUGGCCUGAGGAAUCUGCCGUCCUGUCGUUACUGGUUGUUUUGAAUUUAUAUGAAACCUUGGAAACAGAAAAAAGGCAGUGUUGGAUAUGAUAGCCAAAUACGCAUUGUACAUGGCGAAAGAGUGAAAAAGGGGUGAUGAAGAAAAGGGGUGAGUAGAUAUCAUGGAUAUAGAAAUACAUAUUGUUGUAC